AUGGAUUUCAAACUUUCUAUAAAACCAUUUGAAUACUUUUUCGAUCCUGCUCCUCUCAAUGAUGACUACGCAUCUCUGAAUCUCUUUCCAUUUUUGGAGGCAUCUACCAGAGAAGCAAUCCCUGGCCUAGAGGACAGCAACUGCUUUAACCCUCGUCAUAUGGGCUUGCCAUGGUCCACUACCUUUCCAGCUGCGGUUCAAAGCAAAUACUGGCGUGACGCUCAAGAAGCAGCGACAGAGCUCUUUGAGAAGAUACGUGCCGCCGCUAAGGCCAAGGGAAAGGAGAUGCGUGACAACGAAAUGACAAACGAGGAGAUAUCGAAGAGCCGAGAUGCGCUUCUCAUCGAUACUGCCAUCUCCGCGCCAAUGAACAUGUUUCCCGCCGCAAAUGCCAAUCAGGCAAGAAUUUUAGCCAAAGGAAAUAUAUUCAUAUUCAUUCAUGAUGACGAUGUCGAUUGCCAAAGCUAUGGAACAGGUACAAACGUGCUUAAAGAAGCCUUGGAAGAGCUUCAGUCUUUACCCGAAGAACUGGAGAGGUACCGAGGACCAUGGAAAAACCCACUUUUCCAAGAAUGGGUUGAUGAAUGCGCCCAGGAAAAUUUCGAGGCAGGUUUAGAGUUUGUCCAGGGGGCACUCAUUUGGGCCAAGCAUACUCUUGAUAAUCCGCCAAAGAAACAAGAACACUUCUCUUCAUGGCCUGAUUAUGUUUACUUCCGGAUCAAGGAUUUCAUGACAAUCGGUGUCAGCGGAAUGUUGCAGCUUUCUUGCGCCAUCAAAGUUCCUGCGCCAGAAAGGAAGGCUUUGGAUGAGAUGUAUAGGCUAUAUAUGAUGCAUUUCAGCCUCACUAACGAUCUCUAUUCCUAUGAGAAGGAGAUGCUGGAAGCCAAAGAAGAAGGGGUAGCAAUUGUUAAUGGGGUUCCCGUCAUCGCGCAUCUUCUUAACGUAUCCAGAAAAACUGCGAAGACUAUCCUUCGGAUGAUCUUAAUAGAUCUGGAGAAUCAACUCCACGUUGUUUACAACGCUCAUGUUCAAUCAGGAAUGCUGAAUGAUCGUCAGCUUCGGUACGCAAGAUCGAUGAUUGAGGGACUUUCUGGGAAUUUAUUCUACUCGGCUACCAUUGGCCGCUAUGCCCGUGCCAUUCCUGGUUCCCAUGUCAUGAAUUAA